AUGGCUUCGAAGCCCACGGCGGGGUCUUCUGCCCUUGCCGACCAGGUGGUUGACCAGGUCGACGCGACCGCUGAAGGAGAGAUCGUUCCUCUCCCGAGUACGGUUCAUGUGAGCUCCGAUCGGACUCGGAGUUCGGAUCAAGGUCACUCGAGGCAGGCGCCGAAGCGAGCUCGGAGUGACGAUGGAGAGACUCGUUCUCGCGAGGGCGGCCCGACUGCCUCGAACGGGAGCGGGGGAAAGCCGCCGUUUUACUGGCAGUACGAGAAUUCCAGAGGCUUCCCCGUUCAGCUCGCAUUCAAGCCCGUCGGAUGCCGGCUCCCGUCCCUGAACCAGAUGUCUGAGAAGGAGCUCUACAUCGCGACGUGCGCUGCGAGCGGGAGGGCUGUGGCAGCUCGUAACAUGUUGGUGUCCCGCCUGGAGUCGAGGAUCAGAGAUGCGCCUCAGCAGAAAGAGCUCGAUCAGGUGAAGGAGCUCGUUGCCAAGUUGACCUCCGAUCUCUCUGCGGCGAACGAGCGGGUAGCUCGUCAGGGUGAGCUCUUGAAGAAACACACCUCGCAGGAGGGUCGUGUGAAAGAGCUCGAGACCAGGGAGGCCGAUCUCUUGCGCCAGCUGUCCCAGAAUCAGGAGCAGAUGGCGGCUUUGCAGAAGGAGAGCUCGAGUGCGCUGACGCAGUCGCUUCGCCUUAGCCGGGAGAACCAGGCAAAGUUCGAGGAGAAGAGGGUGGAAGGUGAGAAGGAGGGCGAUCAGAUCGAACUCCAAUCCAACAUCGAUCUCCUUACGUCGCUGAUCUCCGGUGCGAUCAACCAGGAGGAAGAGCUCGCCAGGUUGAAGGGGCUCGAGGAUGAGGUGGCCGAAGCAGCCAAGGCGGCCCAAGUCUCCGAUUUCUCGAUCGGGAAGUUCCUUCCCGUGGUUUCGGAGGACUCGGUCGCGCGCAUGGAGAUCGACCCAUCGACGAGCAUCCCGGUUGGCUUGAACCCGUUCGGGACGAAUGCCGAAGAGAAGGGAAGCAACGAGGAGGAAGAGAAGGAAGAUGAAGAGAUGACCGUCGAGGACUGA